AUGGUUGACAAAGAAUUAGCUAUGAAAUUAGCAAAACGAUUUAAUAAAUUGAGUUUUGAUAUGGAUGAUAUACGAGAACAAUCACAAUCAUCAUCAUCAUCAUCACCACCGCCACCACCACCACCACCACCUUUGCUGCCAUUAGAAAAACAGCAAACACCACCAUUUCGAGCAAUAUCAGAAAAUGAAUGGGCUGAUAUGGAUAAGAUUAUCGGUGAAACACUUCACAAUUUAGAAAUUACUUCACGUAAACUAUCAAAUACUGUUGUGCCAACAGCGAUGAAUUAUGCACCACAACCAUUCAAGAAAUCCAUGGAUACUCUUCCUCAAGUGGAAAUGGUUAAUCAUUCUGAUAACAAUAAAAGGAAUGAUUCAUCUGUGUUAUCACCAAAAUGUGCUGCUCCAAUUGUUCCCAUUGUUCAUCACAAAAGCAGUUAUCAUGAACAAACAAAAAAAUUUAUCCAUGAUGAUUUGGUUCUUCAAAAGGAAAGAGACGAAUUGGAAGCAAAAUUAGCAAAACAGCGACAAAAAAAACCAAUUAUGGAAGCAGAAAUUGGCACUCCUUUUGCUCUAACCGAUAUUAAUACUGUUAAUGAAACAGGAAUUGAUUCAGAAAUUGACAAAUCUCAGCUUAUCCCACCAACCAAACAAUUACCGCCACCAGUUUUACCAAAAUCCACCUCCAUUAAUUUCAAUUUGAUAGAAUCACAGCGGAACGAUACUCGAAAAUCAGAAACAAUUUCAAAAAAAUCCAAUUCAUCCCAA